UUUCAUCCAUAUUCUGUAAUGUGCCUAUUCUGUACCAGGCAGUUGAAUUUAGUAAGUGUGCUUAAGAAUUGACAGAAGCUCCUGUUCAGAUGUCCCAAGCUUUCUAGGACAGGAUCCUGGUAACAGCCUGGCACUAAGCUUGACAUUCACACCUAUGUGCACUUAUGACUUUCUACAUCCAAACCCAGACUUUCCCUGGAGCCCCCAACUGGGAGCCUUUGAGUCGCUCCUAUCUGAUGCUGAACCGUAGUGUUUGGAAGGGAGGUUGAAUAGAAAGCAGGUUCAGCGGGCUGAAGGAAUAGGUAGGACGGAUCUCUUGGACUACAACUCCCAAAAGGCAUUGCGCAGGCGCCAUCUUGGCUCCCGGCCAAACGAACAGGCCUGUCUGGAAACCAGGCGAAGCUAUUUUGCGUCACGGAGUCGGCGACAUCUGGCGCGGAAUGAUUAUGUACUGGCCCAGACCUGGGACUGUCAGUCAGAGCUCGGCUUCCAGCCCGCCGAGGGUCCUGCGGGGCCGGCGCGGCCAUGGCGGCCGUGUUUGAUCUAGACCUGGAGACGGAGGAAGGCAGCGAGGAGGAGGGCGAGCCGGAGUUCAGCCCCGCGGAUGUGUGUCCCCUUGCCGAGUUGAGGGCUGCUGGCCAGGAGCCUGUGGGACAGUAUGAGGAGGUGGAGCUGACCGAGACCAGUGUGAAUGUGGGCGCUGAGCGCAUCGGUCCGCACUGCUUUGAGCUGCUGCGUGUGCUGGGCAAGGGGGGCUAUGGCAAGGUGUUCCAGGUUCGAAAGGUGCAAGGCACCAACUUGGGCAAAAUAUAUGCCAUGAAAGUCCUGAGGAAGGCAAAAAUCGUGCGCAAUGCCAAGGACACAGCACACACUCGGGCUGAGAGAAACAUUUUGGAGUCUGUGAAGCACCCGUUCAUUGUAGAACUAGCCUAUGCUUUCCAGACAGGUGGCAAACUCUACCUCAUCUUGGAGUGCCUCAGCGGUGGGGAGCUCUUCACACACCUGGAGCGAGAAGGCAUCUUCUUGGAAGACACAGCCUGCUUCUACCUGGCGGAGAUCACACUGGCCCUGGGUCAUCUCCACUCCCAAGGCAUUAUCUACCGAGACCUCAAGCCCGAGAACAUCAUGCUCAACAACCAGGGCCACAUCAAACUGACAGACUUUGGCCUCUGCAAGGAGUCCAUUCACGAGGGCGCUGUCACACACACCUUCUGUGGCACCAUUGAGUACAUGGCUCCUGAGAUCCUGGUACGCAGUGGACACAACCGCGCGGUGGACUGGUGGAGCCUGGGAGCCCUGAUGUACGACAUGCUCACUGGAUCGCCACCCUUCACCGCAGAGAACCGGAAGAAGACUAUGGAUAAGAUCAUCAAGGGGAAGCUGGUGCUGCCCCCCUACCUCACUCCGGAUGCCCGGGACCUUGCCAAAAAGUUUCUGAAGCGGAAUCCCAUCCAGCGGCUAGGAGGUGGCCCUGGGGACGCGGCUGAAGUGCAGAGGCACCCCUUCUUCCGCCACAUCAACUGGAACGACCUCCUGGCCCACCGCGUGGACCCUCCUUUCAGGCCGAGUCUGCAGUCGGAGGAGGACGUGAGCCAGUUUGAUACCCGCUUCACGCGGCAGACGCCAGUGGACAGUCCAGACGACACAGCCCUGAGUGAGAGCGCUGACCAGGCCUUUCUGGGCUUCACGUACGUGGCGCCCUCUGUCCUGGACAGCAUCAAGGAGGGCUUCUCCUUCCAGCCCAAGCUACGCUCCCCACGGCGCCUCAACAGCAGCCCCCGCACCCCUAUCAGCCCCCUCAAGUUUUCCCCUUUUGAGGGGUUCCGGCCAAGCCCUGGCCCACCAGAACCCAUCGAUCCACCUCUGCCUCCACUCCUGCCGCCCCCAUCGCCGCCGCCGCCCUCCAGCUCCGCCCCUCUCCCCAUCCGGCCCCCCUCGGGGGCCAAGAAGUCCAAGAAGGGCCGCGGGCGCCCCAGGCGCUAGGAAGUGGGGACAAGGUGACAAGGGUGGCACCAGGGAAGUGAGGCCCCGUGCCAGCUUCAGGAGCCUGGUGUGGCCGGGGGACGGAGGGGUCUGCUGAGGAUGUGCAGCCCCAGAAUCACGCACGUGGAAGGCUGCACACUGCAGGUGGGGGGCGCCACACUGCACUGUGCCCUUGUAGAAUUAAAAGACUAAAUCAUGGCACACAGACUGGCUUCCACUGGGCUCCAGAGCAAGGGAGGCCCCGGCUUAGGGAGAGGAGGGACACUUCAGGACCUCAGAACCACAGGGCUGUGUGCUUUUAUUUCAGGGGUGCCCCAAUGCUUGUGGGGUACCUGCCGUUCUGAAGGAGGAGCACUCAGGCUUG